CCACAGCACUCCCGCCGCGGUCGCAUGAAAGGUCAGUUGGGAUUUAUGUUGAGUGUUUGUUUAUUUGUACAAAAAGCGUGGUUUGUGCCCUCAAGAUACAAAUUUGAAAAUAUGACGUGUGAAAUUACAAGCAUUGACUGCAUAGAGGAUUCUGAUGUAAAACCCGUUAUAGUGAACUUUGAAAAUGGAGCACUUAAUCCAGGUCAAGAAGAUAAUUUACUGUGCAGAUACUAUAAAACCAAAGAGAAUCAAUUAAAAAUAGGUGCAGCAACUAGCAAUAUGUUGUACAGCGGCAAUGUGGAAUCCAACCACUUGUAUAACACAUUUAUUGGUAUAUGCAAUAAGAAGAAGACUAAGAUACGUUUAAUUGCCGCCGAUUUUGCCACAUUAUCACCAAGGUUCGAUGAAAGUCGUGAAUUGAACAAAUCGAUUGAGAGAUUGCAGAGUACUCAUUCACAAAUAAACAAAAGUUUUGGAUCGAAGCGUGCAAAAAAAAAGACUGAACAACAAGAACGAAUGAAAGUAGAUAUUGAAGCGAUAAAGGACCAGUUAGAAAAGACAGUUGCAGAUGUGGUGGUUAAUCCUAGCGAACUGGUCUUGGCAAAGGAAGAUGAGGCUGAUGGAGAAUUUAAACCCAAUAUUAAUAGGCAGGCCGGAACUUUGUCUGAGGUGUACCAAGUCGAUGAUUUUGUCUCUCCAGGAGUUUUAGAAUCCGUUUCUGAACAAGUGGACACAGUUUUAGAAGAUAGCAAGGCCGCAGAUAUUACAAGUGAUUUUGUUUCAACGCAAAUAACGAAAGUUGUGUGUUCCAACCAAGAUGAUAAAGUUCAUACGAUACAGUUGUUACUGUAUAUUGAUUGCUUGAUUAAAUUUAUGCGCAAGCAAGCCAAAGAGAUAGCAGUUAAAAGUAUGAAUUUGUGCACUUAUUCGAAAGCAGUGCACGAAGAUAUUUUGAGAAGAUACACUAUUUCGAAAUCUAAAUCAAGAUUACGACCUAAUUCAAUGCGUGAUAAAUGUCUAUGCUCGAUACUGAUACUUGCUAUGAUGGUGUGCAGAUAUGAAUUAAACUUGGAAGAAAUCGCAAAGGAGCUUAAAAUAAGCCUGAAAAGGAUACAAGACGUAUCUCGAGCUCUCGCGUUUGAAGUAAGCAAAGGGACUGCUAUUUUGAAAUUACCCUUACCACCACCAGUGAAUAUGAAUAAUUCAAAACGGAAAAAGAAAUAAUUUUCUAACCAGGAUUUUUAAGAUGUUAAAAUAGUAACUAUAUUUUUAUGGCAAUAAAAUAAACUUAAUUUUUCUCGUGA